AUGGGUGGCAUGUUGGCUCCGAGGGCGACGACGCUGGAGACGAGAUUUGAAGAUGUGGAAUCGGAUGACGAUUCGUUACGGAGACGGCAGACUUUGACGACAGCGGAUACGAAUUUGACACAAUGGAAUACCGAUACUCUAGCAGCUUGCCAAACCGCGCUUUCUCAACUCGGCGCCGCUACGAAUCCCUCGGGGACGGCCGUCUGCUACAAUCUUUUCAGUCUCGACACGAACGCCGGCACAUUCAUGGCCGACCUACGCCUCUUCCAAGUAUCAACACCUUCCGGCGCAUUCCAGAACAUACCCCCUCAAGAGAUCUCUGUUGGGCUUCAGUAUUCUGGAGCUUCCGUCUCGCCGGUUAGCUCGACCAACCAAACAACUUCCGGCGUGGGUAAACGACAGACUGCGGCACCUACAGUUCUCCAGACAUAUAUGUUCGUAGGCCAAAUAGACAAAGCCAAAAUGGCCGAACCCAUGACAAUGGGAGUAUUAGAAGCCUUGGUGAUGCCCAUCGUCACACUGACUGGCAAGAGUCCGACCGGUCCUCAAGUCAGCACGAACGUCUCUUCCAACGAGGCCGCUUUCGUCAACGGUAUCUUCUCGAACGAAGUCGUCAUGUCCGACGUUUCGCUCGCUUCCCUGGCUGUCGACGAAGCCGUCGCCGGACUACGCAAUGGCACCGUCGCUUUUGUGCUGCCUGGAGUCAACAUCCUAAUUUUCCCGGUUGGUCUGAUCAUUACCAGCAUCUGGCUUGUAGUCGGUGUUGGGUUCUACGCAUUCGGUACAUACGAACGAUACAACUACCGAGACAUGUACAGGAACAGGAAGGCGAGAGAUGGCAAGCCCGGUUACGCAGGAAGAAUAUAA